GCAUGUCAGCUGAGGACGAAGGAGCGACCCCGGUGAAGAGGCGGAGGGUGAGCAGCGAUGACGACAGAGCCGGUGAGUCCACGGCGCCGCUCUGCGUGGCGUCUUCCUCCUCGGCGCUCCCGUCCUGCAGCGACCAGAAACCCGACCACCAGGAGGCGCUGACGCCCGCCAGCACCUCAGACACAGAGACAAGGGACUCCUCCUCGCUGAUCGACCCGGGCACAGAGCAGGACCCGCCCACUCCUGACCCCGCCCCCAGCUCCUCUGGCAACCUAGACUCCUCCCCUAAAGAGGAGAAGAUGGAGGCCUCUUCCUCGUCGUCCUCCUCGUUCUCCUCCUCUUCCUCCCUGCUGCAGGAGGCGGGCGAGGGCUUUGCACAGGGGGAGGAGCCUGAGCCGCAGAGACAUGUGGCUGCAAGCGAGGAGGAGGCGGAGCCAAGGGAGAGCAGGCGGGGGGAGGCGUCGUCUGCCGCGUCAGAGGAAGUGAAGGAAGAGAAGGAGGCGGGCUCUAAGAACAGCUCGGCCACGCCCCUUUCUGAGGACGCUGCUUUCCCGUCGGCCCUUGGCCUCGUUGGGGAGGGGCCAGAGGGCUGCAGUAGCCACGCCCCCUCCGCACAGGCGUUCCCCAGCACAGGCCCGCCGCCUGACAUGCUGGACAUGCUGUACAGGACGGUGGAGGCCACCAUCGCCAUAGUUACCAAACUGUCUGUAAAAGGCCCGCCCUCUUCAUGACAUCAUCAACUCAAAGCCGCCAUGAGAUCUUUCUAAAGCUUUUCUUUUCCUUCUCUUUCGUUUCCUGUUUUCUGGCUUCUUCUUCUUCUUCUGCUGUUUUUCGUGCUGCUGUUCGUUGCCUUCAGCUGUUGUUCAGUCGGUCGGUUUUUUCCAGCUUCAGUGGCUCCCCGCCGUGUCGUCUCCGCUCUAUAAACUCCGACUCUGCGCAGCGCCGACCCUUGACCCCCCCCCCCCAACCCUCCACCGCUCGACUGAUGUAGAAGAAAAGAGAGAAACGUCGUUCAAAGCUCGAGCACAUUUUGUUUCUAAGGGCAAAAAGAUUCGUUUUGUUUGGUGUGUUUUAUACUGAUUUGAAUUUGUUUUGAAAAGUGAUUUUAUUUGCUGUAACGGGGAAAGGUUUACAGAACUUUGCUCUCCUCUGUAUGUAAUUUAAUUUUAUGUCAUUUUUACUGUGUAUAAAAACGGUCGUCCUCUGUGCCAGUUUUGUACUUUAUGAACGAGGCAGCAGGAGAAAGUUGCCUUGACUCUUUCUGUGGUUUAAUUAUCCAGAAACUAAGUUUACCUGUAAAUUAAGAGAACCACAUGAAACUUGAUUCUGUAAAGAAUCCUCUCUAGUCAUUGCCUGAAGGUGUAUAUGAAAACUAUAUAAAUAUAUAUAUAAAUAUCUUUAUAUAUAUAUGAAUAUAUCAAAGCGGUGCUUUAUUUGACUGUGGUUGAAAUAAAGCCGCCAUGUUGGACCAGCUGGAGCUUUUAUUUCCUUUAGUGAAGUACAUUCCAUGAUCGAUUGUUGAUUUUGGCUUCUUCUGCUGUGUUCUGAUUCCUCCUGAUUUUAUUUUAAUAGAGAAUAAAUUAAUAAAAACUCUUUUAAUAUGAAGAAUAUCAACUCAAA